GACAUGUUGCUGCGUCACGUGACCAUGACAAAGUGACAUUUCUCAAAUUCCGGAUAUAUGUUUACCAAAAAUGGCAAGUGAUUCGAAAAAGAAGUCGUCCAAAGGGCUCACACCUGAGGAAAUCCUCAACGGAUUUCAAGCACUAAGGGCUGAGCAGCGCAAUCUUUCAUCAAAACUCACGGAAUUCGAAGCCGAUUCCAACGAACACAAAAUGGUGAUCGCAACUUUGCAAAACGUGAACGAAGAUCGGCGUUGCUUUAGACUAGUCGGAGGUGUCUUAACUGAAAGAAAAGUGAAAGACGUUCUGCCGGCACUUGUUUCAAAUUUGGAAAAACUCAAAGAACUUAUUGAAAAAUUAAAAGAACAAAUCACAAAGAAAGGUGUGGAGAUCAAUGAAUACAGGGAAAAAUAUAAUAUUAGCUUUAGAGGAUUGGAUAAUCCGACUCCGAAACAAGAGGAACAAGUGGCGGCUUCAGAGAGUAGAGGAAACGUUUUAGUGUCUUAAAUCUGCAUGUGCUUUUUUUAUUUACACCUAAGCUAGGAUUUUUCUUUUGUAGAAUAUUUAUUUUAUGUAUCUCAUUCGAAUUUUGUCGGCAUUUAACAGUUUCAUCUUUUUCUAUGAGAGCUGUGCUGGUUUUUUGCAAGAUAAUGUAACAUUUGAAUAAAAAUUUAAUUUGUAA